GUUUAUGUUUGCAGUCACUUCAGAGAGCUUGGCAAACUUCUGUUACACAGUUAUGAUGAAAGUGUUUGAGGCUUCCUUUGAGAAAUACUGAAAACUACAGAGGGACACUAAAUCAUAAAGGAGCAGUGAAACUAUGGAAAUACCAGCCAUAAAUCUCAAGGCCAUCGUGUUGGCUCACUGGUUACUGACACUCUGGGCAUGUUCGUUUCCCUGGCUUCCUACUUCUUAUGCGUUGGGGAACAUGAGUGUUCUUGCAGUGGGAGUGUGGGCCAUUGCACAAAGAGACUCCAUAGAUGCUGUAUUAAUGUUCUUGAUUGGCUUGGCAGUGACCAUCCUGACUGAUAUUGUUCAUUUUGGGCUGUACUAUGCGAAUGCUGAAAGGGGAAAAACUGACUUGUUCCGCUUUUGUGGGGGCAUGGCUAUCCUGAACCUGCUGCUCAAACCUGUUUCCUGUUUCUUUGUCUACCAAAUGUACCGUGAGCGAGGUGGCGAAUACAAUGUCAACUUUGGUUUUCCAAAGAUAACUCGAAACAGAGAUGCCUACGAGUCCAUUGACCAUCAGGACCAGUCUGGUAGCUCUGCCAGCUCCUACAACCAAGCAGAAGGUGGCAAACCUGGGCCAAGUCCCUACUAAACAAAGACCAGGCCCAAAAUAUAACCAACCAGCUUUCUCUGCUACCAAGGCCAUAAUGUAUAAGGAAUUUUUGAUUGGUUUAUGGAAGUAAUUCUUUUUAGAAUUUUUUUUUUUUUUUUUGUAUUUCGUGGAUAGAUAGUACAAGCUUCAAAAACAUGAACAAUAGUCUUUAGCAAACUAUUUAAACAGCUGUACAUUUAGUUGUUUUUUAGCCUGAGGUUUGUGAAGCUCAUAAUGUUCAGGUGGUGGAGAUGGAGUUGGAUCUCGAGUUGGAGUUGGUGCACCACUGUAAUAGCUGUGAUCUUACAUGGUAACUUCCCAGGAACUGUCCUCAAUAUAAAGUGGACACCAACCACAAUGUAUAUGUAAAGCCUAAUUUACUGGCCACUGCUGUGUAACAUCAGAGUAGUUACAUGAUACAUCUAAUAUAAAGUGUAACACUUUCUUUACCAAAAAGUGCUAAUAGUCCUGAUACACAUUUGUUUUUUCAUUACCAAAAAAAGUUUCCAAUGUCCUGUUACACAUUUGUACUGACACACACCAUUCAGUGGGUUAUUACAUAUGUGUAGUUACACAAACAUUAGAGCUGUAGAUACUAUGUACUAAUGUGUAUUUACACUGUGGUUACAUAGUAUACACAUCUAGUUACUAUGUAAGUACACCAGUAUUAGGGAUAUUUAAUAUAAAGUGGGACAGAUUCUUGUUACACCAUAUGCCAUGCAAUCUGUUCUAUAUUUAUGUAGUUCAAUUCAUUCACUUAUUUAUUUGCUAAGCUGCUAAAUUUGGACAUCUGAGAAUUGCGAUUUGCUCAUUUUAAAGACAUAUAAAAGUGGUAAAUUUGAUCCAGGAAUGACAGAAAUGCAUUUAGAUAAAAACAAUUAUUUAAAGGAGUGUUAAACAAACAUUAAAACAUGGAGAUUAUGUCUUUUAAAGAAAAUUCUGAUACCAAUCACCAGAUCACCAGAUGCUCUGUCACCAGAUCACCAGAAUUGUAAAAGAAUUAUUUCACAUCAAUGUUGUGUUCCAUGUUCGAAAGAAAGUCAUGUGAAAUUAUAAAAGCAUUUUAUUUUUGGCUGAGCUAUUCCUUAACACAAAUGUGAGUGUUAUCUUAACAGCUUUAGAAGACAAUAAAAUUUUACAUGUAUGUA